UAGGGCUCUGGUUGCCCCAUGGAGUUGGUAAAUAAGGUCUGACCUCAUGGUGGUGAGACAAGCUGGAUUAAGGCUGGCAGCUGCAGAAAGGGCGAUCAGGAAAUAAACUGCAACUGCUGGUACCUGUCCCGUUCAAGUAACCCGUCACAAUACUUCGCAGCCAGCGGAGCAAACAAAGAGUAAAAGGUUGUGACUUGUCCCUCAAUUUGAUCUCGUCGGACGGUCGGAGGAACAACCAGCGGCUGAAGGGCGACUCUCUCUGAACAACUGCUGUCAAUCAUGGCAGGUGAUAUGAUGUUAUUGAUGCGAGGCUUGGCCAAGUUGAGCCAGGCUGUGGUAGAGACUCAGACCAACACCAUACGCAAUGGGACAGGACUCCCAGUGGUUGGUGCUGCAGCCCAAUCCCUGCAAACAGCUGCUGAGCAAGGCUUGAGUGCUGCCAUAACGAAAAUGCAGGAGAUGUCUGGCCAGCAGCAAGCCUCCACUUCAGAGUCAGAGUUUGACUUUCCCGACGACAGUGGGAUGGCCGGUGCAGAGAUCAGGGAAGAAGGGGCGGGCUUUACGGCAGACGACCGAGGAAGUAGUGACGAAGGGGCGACCGGUCACAGCGCAGCAGCAGGAGGAAGCCACUCCAAGGGGAAGCAGUCGGUGUUUGAUGGAUACCAAGACCCCACGAAGCAGUUUGGUGGCCAGACGCGAUCGUACCACCAGGAUCUCAGGCAUUUUCUCGGACACCCCAGUUUGUACAACCACAGUCUGAGCAGGCAUGUUCAAGGUCAGCUGCUGGGUCAGGACCCGGUCAGGCGGGUGGUUGGACAGCCCAGGAGGUACCAUCAGGACCCGUCCACAGUUGGGGGGCUGACGGCAGAAGACAUCGAAAAGGCCAGACAGUCCAAGAGGUCGGACAUGAAACCACACAAACAGAUGUUAAGUGAGAGAGCCAGAGAGAGGAAAGUGCCUGUGACCCGGCUCAGCAGACUGGCCAAUUUUGGAGGCCUCGCUGUAGGUUUGGGCAUCGGAGCAUUAGCAGAAGUCGCCAAGAAGAGCAUCAGAUCGAGCGAUGCCGCAGGCGAGAAGAAGGCGGUCCUGGACUCCAGCCCCUUCCUGUCGGAGGCCAACGCCGAGCGCAUCGUCAGGACCCUGUGUAAAGUCCGAGGAGCCGCACUUAAACUGGGACAGAUGCUCAGUAUCCAAGAUGACGCGUUCAUCAACCCUCAGCUGGCUAAGAUCUUUGAUCGAGUGAGACAGAGUGCCGACUUCAUGCCCAUCAAACAAAUGACGAAAGCGCUGAACAGUGACCUGGGUCCCAACUGGAGAGACAAACUGGAGUCGUUUGAGGAGCGUCCGUUUGCAGCAGCGUCCAUUGGCCAAGUUCACCUGGCCAGGAUGAAGGACGGCAGGGAGGUCGCCAUGAAAAUACAGUACCCGGGGGUGGCUCAGAGCAUCAACAGUGACGUCAACAACCUGAUGACUGUCCUGAACAUGAGCAACGCGCUGCCCGAAGGUCUGUUCCCAGAGCAUCUGAUAGAUGUGAUGAGGAAGGAGCUAGCUUUGGAGUGUGACUAUAUUAGAGAAGCCCAGUGUGCCAAGAGAUUCAGGGAGCUGUUGAAAGACCAUCCCUUCUUCUACGUACCGGAGGUGAUCGAGGAGCUGAGCAGCAAACACGUCCUGACCACAGAGCUGGUGUCUGGGUUCCCUCUGGACCAGGCUGAGAGCCUCACGCAGGAACAGAAGAACGAGAUCUGUGAGCAGAUCUUGGUGCUGUGCCUCCGAGAGCUGUUUGAGUUCAGGUACAUGCAGACCGACCCAAACUGGUCCAACUUCUUCUACGAUCCGCACACACACAGGGUGGCGCUGUUGGACUUUGGAGCCACUAGAGCUUUUGAUCAAAGUUUCACUGAUGUCUACAUAGAGAUUAUCCGCUCAGCUGCCGAGGGCGACAGAGAGGGCGUGAUGAGGAAAUCUAUUGAGAUGAAGUUCCUCACUGGAUUCGAGUCCAAGGCGAUGAUAAACGCACAUGUGGAUGCAGUGAUGAUCCUCGGUGAGGCCUUCGCCUCCAUAGAACCCUUCGACUUUGGUUCCCAGUCCACCACCGAGCGGAUCCACAACCUCAUCCCCGUGAUGCUCAAACACCGCCUCACCCCGCCUCCCGAGGAGACGUACUCCCUCCACCGCAAGAUGGGAGGGUCGUUCCUCAUCUGUUCCCGGCUGGACGCCAAGCUGCGCUGCAAGGAGAUGUUCCAAACCACAUAUCAGAAAUACUGGGAAGGCCGCGAACCGCCCUCCAGCUCGGCCUAAGCCAGGUAUCCCAAGUAUCGAUCGGUUUGACGGGCAGGUCCUGGGGCCAAUGGCGAGGAAACCAAGAAUGUUGAGGAUGGGAAGUGACGAUGCAGAGCCUGAGACGGACAGACUGAGGUCACUGCGUUGUUCAGUGGCAGCCACAUUACCCUCCACAGUCCCGCUCACCAGCUGUCACUAAGUUACUGGUGAGUGUGCACCAGCCGAUCUUUCCCACUUUGGACGUCCCACUUUAGAGAGGUAACUAAAGGCAUUCAUACAGAUUUAUAGCCACCAUUUCUCAGUUUGAAAGCGGGCGUGGUGACACAGUAUCUAUGGUGUGUAAAGGCCAAACUCUUACCUAUAUAUGGCCCUGAGAAGAGAGACUGAGGGGAGUUGAAACGAAAGAGAGAGCAGUGGCCUAACAUGUAUGCAGUAACUGAAUGUAAAAUGGUUAGUGCUUUUUAUCUCUUUUUUCCAGAAUGACUCUUGAUUUAUUUUCUUGUGUUUUUUUUUUUUAUUGCUGUGUUUAGUUUUGUCUUUUGGAUUGUAUUGAUAACCUUGCCAACGGUCCAAUUGGCCGUCCUCCAGAAACGUCAUGGGUGGUGACAAAAAACAGUGGAUUGUACAAAGGAGCAGGACAGAGCUCUCACUGUAAGCCCAAGGUCUAUAAAUUAGGGGGUUCAGACAUUAUUUAGGAAGUAAACAAUUUAUGGGAAUUCACAAGAGGAUCAGCAUGUCUGAGAAUUUGGCUCCUCUUACUUUUCCCAUGGUUGCCUGACAUCCUUCUAACACUGUUGCCCUGAUAACACACAACACAUUAAACAACAGACCUGAACCCAAUCAGGUUCUUUGUGUAGACAUAAAUAAUUUAAUAGACAUAAUAAUAAUAAUAAUAGACAUGAUAAUCCUCAGAUUUUCUGUUUCUUAGGCAUUGCAGCCGUUCGGGUGCACAGGGUUCAUGUACCUAAGGUAUUAUUUUAUUCAGUUUGCAUCCAGGGAUAAAAGUUUGUACAAUUCCUGUUGUAGAGUAAAAGUAUUGACAGUCUAGCAGAAAAGAUAUGUAUACAUGGAGUCAACAGACCUUUUUCACAGCGGCUGUUUUGACAUGAGAUAGCAGGGUAAACACAGCGGUUAAAGAUGGCAGUGAUUAACUAAAGCUAUGUUGCGUUUAGCCUUUCUACAGGUAGCCAGCAUGCACAACACCAGGACCCCUGGGCUUCUGUUAGACCUAAAUGGAACAGAAUAUUAAUUAAUUAGUUCAUGUCAACAUAGCUGCUGUGAAAAAUGUGAUGCAGUCGAUUCGUUAUUACAGUACUGGCAUCAUAGUGUAGUUUCUCCCGUGUACCGACUGUAAAUGCUGCCAGUGGAGCCAAGAUCCCUUAGGCAACAAAGCCUGUUUCAGUUUCUAUAUCGCAUGGGUAUGUGUAUAAAUGAAACCACGUAGAUUCAUAUUGUUCCUUGUUUAACAGCAGUGAAAAGAUCAGAUCUGACCAAAAAAGUGAGCACAGCCCUUAUCAAGCCUGCGCUCCGUCAUGAAUAUUUACAAGAAGAACAGGAGGGGAAGCUCAUCUUCACAUACGCAAACUUUUUUGUUGUUUUGAUUGUUUGCAUCCCACAAGAUGGAAAUCUGUCCUCUCACCAUCUUGGCUGUGAAAUCCUCCACCACCUGGCUGAGUGUGUGAACAUGACAGCUCUGCGCUGUCUAGUAUACAGUGUGCAUAUGAUUAUAAUGCAGUUGUGUGAAUCUGCAAACAAGGUGCCUGUAGUUUCUAGUGCGAGGCUGCCAGCUAGAAAUAUCUCCUUUAUAUUUCAUAUCAAGAGUUAAUGAAAAGACGGUUUAAAUUUUCUAAUCAAAAUGCAUUCUUACAGCUUAAAUGUACUGAAUGGAAAGAUUAAAAUAUGUGAUUCUACA